UUCAUCCAAUUGAAUGCUAGAGACUUAGAUAAUAGUUUGAUUAAUCUAAGCAAUUUACUUUUCCAUGUUUCAAGAUCACAUAAUUCACAGUCUUCAACCUUGUAACAGGCAUCAAAUUUUGACCAGAAAAUCUGAAAAUGUUUCCAAAACAAAACGAUUUAUGCACAUUGUUGAUUUGUUUGGUAAUCAUUUCUAAUUGUUUCCCAUUAUCACUGAGCAAGCCAAGACAAAAGUGUAUCUUUAAAAAAUGUUUAACACACAUCGGAGAUCUUAAAAUGGAGGCCGGUGACAUGAUUAGUUGUCGACACUACUUUUUGCUUCCAUACCAUAACCUUUUGGCAACUGGACCAAACAGUAUGAUACAUAUUGUUGCCAAUAAACGACAAAGCAGAGGUUACAUUGUAGAGGAUACUCGGGAUAAAUAUGUAUCGCGAAAUCAAGAGUCUUGGUGUUUCAAUGAAGGUCCUGGUUCCUUGGGGCGAAUCGGCGCUGUCAACACAUCUCGAGAAAGUUUAAUGAUGUUCAAAAACAAACCAGUAUAUUAUAAUUUACUAAAAUGUAACUGUCAACAUUGGGUUGAAUAUUGGGCUAACGGUGAACCUAAAUCACCAAGUGUCUGGAAAAUCUCAAUUGAUAAACGCUGCCCUCUCUUGACGAUUAAAUCAAAUCACAUUCUAUCUUCAUGAUUAAAACUCUGUAUUGUGAAAAUUUCAUCAAUUCUUGAUUUUAUUUUUGAACAACUCAAAGCUAUUGACAAUUAGCGAAUAAAAGAGUUUAUUUAUAACCUAUUA